CCCGGAUGGAGGACGCUGACUGGCGGCGCGAGACCCGGGGAAUGUGAAGCGCGCUCGGAGGCUGUGCCGGGGCCGGGUCUGGACCGGGCGCCGUCUUCCGCCGGGACUGCAAAAUGGGCGGCAAGAACAAGAAGCACAAGGCGCCAGGCGCCGCGGCAGUGCGCGCCGCCGUGUCCGCCUCCAGAGCCAAGGCCGCCGAGGCCGUAGCUGCCCCCGAGGCCCAGACCAAGAAGCCUGUAGCCAGGCCGCCCGCCGCCGCCGGUCCCCGGGAGCCGCGCGUCAAGACAGGUCCGAAGAUUUAUAGUUUUAACUCCGCAAAUGAUUCUGGUGGUCCUGCAAGUCUGGAUAAAUCUAUUUUGAAAGUGGUAAUUAAUAAUAAACUAGAGCAAAGGAUUAUUGGAGUGAUCAAUGAGCAUAAAAAGCAAAAUAAUGACAAGGGAAUGAUUUCUGGAAGACUUACUGCCAAAAAAUUACAGGACUUGUACACGGCCCUGCAAGCCUUCUCCUUUAAGACCAAGGACAUCGAAGACGCCAUGACCAACUCGCUCCUGCAGGGAGGGGACCUUCACUCUGCCUUGGACUGGCUCUGCUUGAACCUUUCGGACGACUCGCUUCCUGAGGGCUUCAGUCAGGAGUUUGAAGAGCAACAGCCUAAAAGCAGGCCAAAGUUCCAGUCCCCUCCAGUGCGAGCCGCUGUGUCCCCUCCAUUGCAGCCCAGAACCAAAACACAGGAAGAGGACCCUCAGAGUAAGCCAAAGAAGGAAGAAAAAAAUACGGAAGUGAAUAUGAAAGAAUGGAUUUUGCGGUAUGCUGAACAACAAAAUGAAGAAGAAAAGAGUGAAAAUUCUAAAAGUUUAGAAGAGGAGGAAAAAUUUGACCCUAAUGAAAGGUACUUGCACCUUGCAGCAAAACUCCUGGAUGCAAAGGAGCAAGCAGCGACCUUUAAGCUGGAAAAAAACAAGCAAGGGCAAAGGGAGGCUCAAGAAAAAAUAAGGAAAUUGCAAAGAGAAAUGGAAACUUUAGAAGACCAUCCAGUAUUCAACCCAGCCGUGAAGAUCUCACAGCAACAGAAUGAGAGGAAAAAGCCUCCUGUAGCCACAGAAGGGGAAAGUGCUUUGACCUUUAAUUUGUUUGAAAAAUCUGCAGCUGCUGCUGAGGAGAAAGAGAAGAAGAAGGAAACCCAUGACGUCAGGAAUCUUGACUAUACUGCCCGAAGCUGGACUGGAAAGUCUCCCAAACAGUUCCUCAUCGAUUGGGUCAGGAAGAAUCUUCCCAAGAGUCCAAAUCCUUCCUUCGAAAAAGUUCCCGUAGGUCGAUACUGGAAAUGCAGGGUGCGCGUGGUGAGGUCCGAGGAGGACGUGCUGGUGGUGUGCCCCGCCAUCCUGACGGAGGACGGCGUGCAAGCGCAGCACCUGGGGGCCACGCUGGCGCUCUACCGGCUGGUGAAAGGGCAGUCAGUUCAUCAGUUACUUCCUCCAACUUACCGAGAUGUUUGGCUGGAGUGGAGUGAUGCAGAAAAGAAAAAGGAGGAAUUAAAUAAAAUGGAAACCAAUAAACCACGUGAUCUUUUUAUUGCCAAGCUUCUGAAUAAAGUGAAGCAGCAGCAGCAGCAGCAGCAGCAGCAUUCUGAAAGUAAGAGAGAAAACUCUGAAGAUCCGGAGGAGUCCUGGGAAAAUUUAGUUUCUGAUGAGGAUUUUUCUGCACCGUCCUCGGAAUCGGAAAAGGCAGAAGACUUGGAACCUGUGAGAAGCCUCUUUAGAAAGCUGCGAAGCUCCCCGAAGUACCAGAGACUUCUCAAGGAGAGGCAGCAGCUGCCUGUGUUCAAACACAAGGAUUCGAUCGUUGACGCUCUGAAGAGGCACCGGGUCGUGGUGGUGGCAGGCGACACCGGGAGUGGGAAGAGCACGCAGGUGCCACAGUUCCUCUUGGAGGACUUGCUUCUGACGGAGUCGGGGACGAGUAAAUGCAACAUCAUCUGCACCCAGCCCCGGAGGAUCUCGGCAGUGAGUUUAGCCACAAGGGUGUGUGACGAGUUGGGCUGUGAAAACGGACCCGGAGGAAGGAGCUCCCUUUGCGGCUAUCAGAUCCGGAUGGAGUCUCGGGCUGGCGAGUCCACCCGGCUGCUCUAUUGUACGACAGGCGUCUUGUUGAGGAAGCUCCAGGAAGACGGUCUCCUAACGAGUGUGUCCCAUGUUAUUGUAGACGAGGUGCACGAGAGAAGUGUCCAGUCAGACUUCUUACUGGUCAUCCUGAAGGAGAUUCUGCAGAAGCGCUCCGACCUGCACCUGAUCCUGAUGAGCGCCACUGUGGACAGCGACAAGUUCUCCGCGUACUUCACGCACUGCCCCGUCCUCAGGAUUUCAGGGAGAAGCUACCCUGUCGAGGUUUUUUAUCUUGAAGAUAUAGUAGAAGAAACAGGCUUUGUACUGGAGAAAGACUCAGAAUAUUGUCAAAAAUAUCUGGAGGAGGAAGAAGAAAUAACCAUAAAUGUUACAAGCAAAGGAGGGGGAAUAAAAAAGUACCAGGAAUACAUCCCAACUCAGACUGAUGCAGGUGCUGAACUAAGUCCCUUUUACCAAAAGUACAGCAGCCGCACCCAGCAUGCUCUCCUCUACAUGAACCCUCAGAAGAUCAACCUGGACCUCGUCUUGGAGCUCCUCACGUACUUAGAUAGAAGUCCCCAGUUCAGAAACAUUGAAGGAGCAGUAUUGAUCUUUUUACCCGGCCUUGCUCACAUUCAGCAGUUGUAUGAUCUCCUGUCGACUGACAGAAGGUUUUCUUCUGAACGAUGUAAAGUGAUAGCUCUGCAUUCCAUUCUUUCAACCCAAGACCAAGCCGCGGCAUUCGCGCUGCCCCCUCCAGGAGUCCGGAAGAUUGUUCUCGCAACAAAUAUCGCAGAGACGGGAAUCACCAUUCCAGAUGUUGUGUUUGUAAUUGAUGCUGGAAGAACAAAAGAGAAUAAGUACCACGAGAGCAGUCAGAUGAGCUCUUUGGUCGAGACGUUCAUCAGCAAGGCCAGCGCUCUGCAGCGCCAGGGCCGGGCCGGGCGGGUCCGCGAGGGCAUCUGCUUCCGGCUGUACACGAGGGAGAGAUUUGAAGGCUUUAUGGACUAUUCCGUUCCUGAAAUCUUACGUGUGCCUUUGGAGGAACUGUGUCUUCAUAUUAUGAAAUGCAGCCUUGGGUCUCCUGAAGAUUUCCUCUCCAAGGCCUUAGACCCUCCUCAGCCUCAAGUAAUCAGCAACGCGAUGCAUUCACUCCGGAAAAUUGGAGCCUGUGAACCAAACGAGCCCAAACUGACGCCCCUGGGCCAGCACCUCGCGGCCUUGCCUGUGAACGUCAAGAUCGGCAAGAUGCUCAUCUUCGGGGCUGUGUUUGGCUGCCUGGACCCUGUGGCGACGCUCGCCGCUGUCAUGACGGAGAAGUCUCCUUUCACCACCCCGAUCGGGCGAAAGGAGGAGGCGGACCUGGCCAAGGCGGCCCUGGCCGUGGCGGACUCGGACCACCUGACCACCUACAACGCCUACCUCGGGUGGAAGAGCGCGCGGCAGGAGGGGGGCUACCGCGCGGAGAUGGCCUACUGCCGGAGGCACUUCCUCAGCCGGACCGCGCUGCUGACGCUGGAGGAUGUGAAGCAGGAGCUGAUGAAGCUGGUGAGGGCAGCGGGGUUUUCGUCACCCACACCUGCUCAUGGCACGGAAGGGAGCAGGGCCUCGCAGCCCCUGUCCUUCCAAGACGUCGCCCUUCUCAGAGCCGUUCUGGCCGCCGGGCUCUAUGACAACGUGGGGAAGAUCAUCUGUGCAAAAUCCGUCGAUGUCACAGAGAAGCUGGCAUGCGUCGUGGAGACAGCCCAAGGCAAGGCACAAGUGCACCCGUCCUCGGUGAACCGGGGUUUGCAGACCUACGGCUGGCUCCUGUUCCAGGAGAAGGUGAGGUAUGCCAGAGUGUACCUGCGGGAAACCACCCUGAUAACGCCUUUUCCAGUUCUGCUCUUCGGCGGCGACAUCGAAGUCCAGCACCGGGAGCGGCUUGUCUCAGUGGACGGCUGGAUCUGCUUCCAGGCCCCUGUGAAGAUAGCGGUCAUUUUUAAGCAGCUCCGAGUCCUCAUUGAUUCCGUCCUCCGAAAGAAGCUCGAAAAUCCUAAGAUGUCCCUUGAAAAUGACAAGAUUCUACAGAUCAUAACGGAACUGAUAAAAACAGAGAAUAUUAAUUGAAACUGAAAUCCAUGAUCUCCUGCUUUAAAAAUCCAGAUGAAGAUACAGCCAUGAACUCGUGUGCCGGCAGCCAGCCCGCCGGGCCUCCAGUCCUGGCUGAGGCGGCGCGAGCCGUGGCAGAGGGGGCGGGGCAGUGCCGUCUUCACGCGUGAUUCUCUCGUCUCUUUCUAACGAUGAUGCCGCGCAGUGGGUCUGC